AUUUUUCAAAUGCAUACGCUGCACCAUUUUCAGGACCAAAUGCGAAAGAAUAUCUGUUUAUCCGUACGUUUUCCAGCACCACCUUUGCCAACAGUGCCGCCUUGUGCAUAAUGUUCCGAUAAACUAACCCGCUGCGGCCGGUAUGAGUGUGCCUCAUCCUUCCAAUGUAUCCGACCCUACAACUGAUAAUCCACGUUUCAUCCACCCACUCCCCGAACACAUGAUCAAGACGCAUAGCGGACUGAGCUGUGCAUCCACUGAAGAUGGUGCGAAGCCAAAAAUGGAACCCGUAAGGUCAAAGUCCAGUUUUCGACUGCCUGGCACUAAGCAACACAGGAAAGGCCGCAAAUCAAAAGUUUCCCAUGUUACGGAAACCGAUCAGACAGCUGCUACCCGAGACGACGGAUAUAACAAGCAACUGACUGAUUAUGGUGUGCAUUUUUACCCAUGGACGAAAACCAGUAAUGUCAGAAAAGCGCCAAAUGGCAUGCCUAAAGAGCCCUCAGGCCAAGGAGUUCUCGGGAAAGACGCGCGAAAGUCUCGUCGCCGCAUUAAAUAUGAGUUUAAGAUGAGCGCACCCACCGCCUAUAGUAGAAACACAUGCUCAUCCGCCAAGCCCGUUUUCGGCGUCUCACUUGAGCUGGCCCUUACGAGAGAUCCGAGUCACGACGGUGUCCCACUACCAGCUUUCUUUCGGCAUUGUAUCGACUACAUCGAGGAAUAUGGAUUGGGUUCGGAAGGGAUAUAUCGAGUUCCAGGUGUGAAUUCUCAGGUACAAUCCUUGCUAGCUGCUAUAGAUAAUGGUGAGGAAUUUCCCUUCAUCAAUCCAACAUCGGCGACCUUCUAUCAACAGCAUCAACAGACACACGGAUUGGCAAAUGCUCGUGCUACUUCCGGUCCCUUCACUUUGUCUGGCCGCGACUCGAUUGCACGCCACAAGCUGCUGCACACAGGUGCAUCUGACCCAAAGAACUUAGCUUCCGCACAGCGUACACGUCUUGGGACAGAUAGCCGGUCAGGCUCAGCCGCAGUGGCUCUCACUUGUCCUCACAGACCACACGACCCCGCUGUAGUUGCGAGUGUUGUGAAAUAUUUCCUGAGGAACCUACCGGAACCCAUACUCACCACGCGCCUUCUAGAUUCGAUCGAAUCUGUUCCUACAGACUCCUCUCAGGCAUACCAUACAAUAGCCAAGUUAGUCCAUAGCGAGUUGCCGCAGUCGCAUCGCUUCCUUCUGGCGUGGAUGUUGCAACACAUCACCCACAUUAUGGAUCGCUCUGGAGAAAAUCGGAUGACGCUGGAUAAUAUUAUCGUUGUUUUGUCACCGUGCUUGAGAAUAAGUCAUCGAUUGCUUGCGGUACUACUCCGUCCUGCACCAAGCGAUCUCCGAAUCGAUCUAGGUGAGCUUGACCCAUCAGUUCCUUCAUCGGAGACUGAAGUGACCAAAAUGGACCCGAGCACCACUCACUGGCUUUUUCCUCACCCGAUAUAUUUACUACGAUCCUAUCGACCCCCGCUUCGGCCGGCACCAGAUUUAGAGCUGCCAGAAACUGACAUCGAACUGGAGUCAGAACUGAAAAAGCAAGAGUCCCUUUUGUUUCAUUUACACGAACAAAUAGGCCGCGGAGAGACAACGCCUGUAAAGGAGGCUCUAUUGUGGGAGACGCAGCGUAUUGUAACGGAGCUGCGACGAAGGAAAAGUCUUCGUGAUCCUGAGACCAUCCGAGCAGAGCUCCUUCGACAGCAGGCACAGUUGGACCGGCUACACAGAGUGAUUGCUGCAGAAGCAACACACUCCGGUGCUUCAGAGCAUAGCGACCCAACCGUUUCCUUGCAGACUCCCGCGAGCUCCGGAAUGUCCCCACAAUCCCAUCGGUCGUCAAACGAAAACCCUUCUAAACGGUCCAUCAAUCCAAUUUACGCUCACCCUGAUGAACUGUGGGAAGUCCAGCGUCAAGUCACUAUGCUUAAAAGGCGAUUGAAACAGCAAGAGAAGCUGUUCAGUCAACAAACGAACGCACAAGUCCCGAGCUCUUGUGCGUCCACGAUUCAUGGUCCCAUUCCCUUGCCAAUACCAACUCUUUCCGAAUUGGACGAAGAAGAAGUGUUAAAUCUCACACUAAGGAAACUUCCUGCUGAAAUACCGUGCAACGCCGCGACCGCGCAUGACUGCGCUGUUCCAACACAGAUGUCGUUGCCCGAUGCUACUCUCGAAAAUCCACCUGUAACCAGGCUCCCUGUGACUGAUUUGAGCGUUCGACAUCACAGUCCGACAAUCAACCACCGAGUGAUUCAACUGGACUUAGAUCCCGAGCUCAGUAGCCCAGCGAACCUGUCGCAUGCUAUGGACAUUCCCGAUGAAGGAAAAAUGCUCUCCGAUCAUGUCGAAGGCGUUCGCAGUGAAGCGCAAGACGAACCUUAUAUAGCUCCAGACAGAGAGGAAAAUCUUACUACUACAGUGAUUCCAUCGCAGAAAUUCGGACAUGAAGACCUUAUUCGGCGACCAAACGAUGUGUUCAUUUGUGCCGACCCUCCUACCUGCUCUGUAUCCCCUUGGAAAACAGCAGAAUCAACGAUAAUCACAUCGGUUCCUCUAACAGCAGCCGAGCGCCAAGUAGCACAUCAAGUGGCGUUUUACGCCGUUCGAAAGCAAGAACUGCAGGCUAUCCAGGCUGACCUACGUGCAAGAUCAUGGUCGGAAAAUGCUGAGAUUCGCCGGAUCAUGGCUUGCAUAAAUCACUUACUGGACACUGGUGGUGAACGUAUUCGUCAAUUGUGCGACGCCCACUUCGCUCCAGUGCAUCUAUCCUCGGGACACCUCCCUGCAUUACCGAACCGAUCUUGGAUACAGAUAGCUACCAGACUGAAUGAUGAUGAGUGCUGGCCAGAUGAAAAAGAACGAUCACUUCCCGCCAAUGGGCACACUAUCUCAGAAUCUUCCGACGUGGCAUCCAGUACAAGUACCGAUUCUCAGAUUGUGACUUAUUCGCGACUGAACGACAGAGACGAAAACUGUCCAGGUUAUUCGCAUGAAUCUGGGAAAGCGAAUGAAUUGCAGGUAUGUAAUCCAGAUACUCAUUCAGCGGAUGAUGAUUCUGAAGAGUGCGAAGUGGAGUUGGCCAAGACUCUACUUCAGCUGACGUUAGAUAACGCCCGUCUGGAACAACUGAAUGCCCGUUACUUAGAGGGAAUUCAGGCUGAAAGAAACAGAUGCGCUGAAUUGAAGGUGUUAUUAAAGUUGCGAAGCAGUGGCCGGCCAAUAGUCAUCAACGAGGAUUGCACUUGCACACCUGGUCGAGACAGUCAGCACUAAGAGCACCGAAAACAGCCCUCCCAGGUCCCUCUGCUUGCUGCAGAAAUCCCAUCAGAGAACCGAAAAACAAAUGUGCGCAGAGCACCGAUAUUCACGCAGUUCCGCGCUAACAGAGGAUCUGAUAUCUCUUGCUGUCGAAUUAUUCUGCAAUAUCCCUGUUAUCACCCUACUGGACGGGUUGCGGAGGUUCGCAUGAUUAUCCUCAAAUCCAUUUGGGACCGAGUUGUCGCUCAGCUAACUCGUUACAAAUGUUGGUGCAAUAUCGUGCAAUAAAUGUACAAUUACACUUUUGAAAUAAU